AUGGAAGCUCAGCGUCUGCUUUCUGGGUUUUGCUCAACCCCGCCGAUUCAAAAUACCAAAACCCAAGUCUUUGUAAAAUUUCCCCUUUCUUCUUCUUCUUCUGCUUCUUUUGCUCAAUCCCAAAAAUGGGUCUCCUUCAAAGCUUGCCCUUCUAUUUCACAAAGUGCAUUGUCUGGGAAGGUAUUUCAGUGUAGGAACAGUGGAGAGAGAAUUGAGUUCCUUCCUUCUGAUAAAGAAGAUUUGAGAAGUGGGAUUAGACGGAAAAAGCUUGCGGUUUUCGUUUCCGGUGGAGGCUCCAACUUCCGGUCCAUUCAUGAAGCAUGUCUUCAGGGUUCAAUUCAUGGAGACAUUGUUGUUGUAGUCACAAGUUGCGGAGGUGCUGACUAUGCAAGAGAUAAGGGCCUCCCAGUUAUAUUGUUCCCCAAAACAAAACUUGAGGCUGAUGGAAUAUCACCAGCUGACCUUGUUGCUACCCUUAGGAGAUUUGAGGUUGACUUUGUUCUCCUGGCUGGUUACCUAAAACUUAUACCAGCAGAGUUGAUACAAGCUUAUCCCAGAUCCAUACUGAACAUCCAUCCCUCACUUCUUCCAGCAUUUGGAGGCAAAGGUAAUUAUGGGAUGAAGGUCCACAAGGCGGUCAUUGCUUCUGGAGCAAGAUACACAGGCCCUACAAUACAUUUUGUUGAUGAGCACUACGACACGGGACGUAUCCUUGCUCAAAGAGUUGUCCCUGUGCUUGCCAAGGACACUGCGGAGGAGCUGGCAGAGAGGGUUCUUCGGGAGGAGCAUCGCAUAUAUGUGGAAGUGAUAACAGCACUAUGUGAAGAUCGGGUCAUUUGGAGGGAGGAUGGUGUUCCUAUAAUCCGGAGCAAAGAAAAUCCCAAUGAAUACAGCUAG